AUGGCGAUUCUGAGUGUGAGGGCAGACUUCUGCCAGGCUCAGCACAGCAUUUUCGCUGACAAGUGAGCUUGGAGGUUCUAUGUGCCAUAAUUAACAUUGCCUUGAAGACUCCUGGACACCGAGACUGGCCUCAGAAAUAGUUGGCUUUUUUUUUUUUAAUUGCAAGCAUAUUUCUUUUAAUGACUCCAGUAAAAUUAAGCAUCAAGUAAACAAGUGGAAAGUAACCUACACUUUUAACUUGUCUCACUAGUGCCUAAAUGUAGUAAAGGCUGCUUAAGUUUUGUAUGUAGUUGGAUUUUUUGGAGUCCGAAGGUAUCCAUCUGCAGAAAUUGAGGCCCAAAUUGAAUUUGGAUUCAAGUGGAUUCUAAAUACUUUGCUUAUCUUGAAGAGAGAAGCUUCAUAAGGAAUAAACAAGUUGAAUAGAGAAAACACUGAUUGAUAAUAGGCAUUUUAGUGGUCUUUUUAAUGUUUUCUGCUGUGAAACAUUUCAAGAUUUAUUGAUUUUUUUUUUUU